CGAUCAUUAAAGACUUUUAUGCUGAUAAGGAAAAGGCACAACAGACGAGCAAACAAAACAAGAUGCAUGCUUGACAAGAGAAAGACUGAAAUGAAGAGGAAUUUGACAAUGCAUGGAAAAAGGACAAUAAACAAUAUCCCUUGUAUUGUAAAGAUAUAACGGUAGGUCAUUCUUUUAAAGAUGCCAACUAAAUUUAAUGAGCCCAACGGAUCAGCGCACAAAGAAACACUGCACCGGCCAUCAAUAUUAAUGUAAUGCCACGGCUAUUUUUUGCAGUCUAUUCAGGCUGUGGCAGACUAAAUGACCACAGAAAUCUUAUCCAUCCACCUUAAGUCAAUAGAAUAUUCAGCAGGGACCUUUUACUCGUUUUAAAAGGCUUGUGAAAUAUUUAGACACAUUAAGUAGCUAUUUAACACGAGUUGGGACUAACUUUAUGGGACCAAAGAGACCACCAUUUAACUAGUUUUAAAUUUUAGUACAAAGUGCUUGAACUGUGGGUAUAAAUAAACCUAUUAACGGUCUCUGAUCCAAAAAGAAUUUGCUAGAACUGCAAGUUAUCCGUCGGGACAGGCCUUUCCAAAAUACUCCUGCUCAGUAAUGGUUUUCCUGCUCAAUGGAAUGUAGCUGUUCCCUCGCAUGGCUGGAAUUGCGUCUUUGACCAUAUAUGGUAUGAGAGGAAAGCGGCCAGCACUUCGUCAACUUCCUUUGCCUAAACAUACCAAAAAAUUACCCAAAACGUACCUGCCAUUAAAAAUGUCACCAAACAGAUAAACACACAUUUCACAACUCUACGUUUUCUAGUUUCUAGGUCUUAUUUAGGUCGAGAUGUUUUAAACUCCACGCUCUAUUGUUUGCACACGUUCAACACUUCCUGACUGGGACACACCCUCUACAGAUAUGACGGUCAAUUUGCUCUAGAGACAAAACACAAAACUAGGCCUAUAAGUGCUGUUAUAAAUCUCCAAACCCAAAAUGUUUAUAAACUCCUGUUAAUUCCCCAACACACACUUCAAAUGAAGGAUGCAGGUGAGGUUAGACCGGACACAAACAGACUAGUUUGCGGUCCAAAACGUCAUGCAAACCCAAUAACAUGAGAAAGGAUUCGAGAGCACUCACCGUGUAUUUGCUCCAAGUUAAACUCAAUCUGGAGACGACAUACAACAAUCGCAAAGGGAAAACAACACAAAGUUUACAAUGAUGACCAAACCUUAUGGCAAGCCAGGGGAUGUGACUGAGCUGGUCAGCUCUCUUGGAUGGAUGGAGGAGGACCUCAGCUCACAGGAUGGAGACCGGACACCUGAAAUAGGAGGUCGCUAUAUGCUAAAUAGUAGGGGACAGAUGGAACUUGGCAGUGAGGAUAUGGAGGAAGAGGAGGGUGAUGAAGAUGAAGAAAUGGGUCUUGAUGGAGAGAACGCACCCAAGCGGAGAGGUCCUAAAAAGAAGAAAAUGACCAAAGCCAGGCAGGAACGGUUCGUUGUUCGCCGUGUCAAAGCCAACGCCAGGGAACGUUCACGCAUGCACGGGCUGAAUGAUGCAUUGGACAGCUUGCGGCGCGUCAUGCCUUGUUACUCAAAGACCCAGAAGCUCUCCAAAAUUGAGACUCUGCGGCUGGCCCGCAACUACAUCUGGGCACUGUCUGAGGUUCUGGAGAGCGACCAGUCACCUGAGAGCCACGGUUUUGUGGAGAUGCUAUGCAAGGGGCUUUCACAACCUACCAGCAACUUAGUGGCUGGGUGCCUCCAACUGGGACCUUCAACAAUGAUGCUUAAUAAACUGGAUGAAAAGUGCGGCAUAUCAGGAGCAGGUGGUCAGCAGGGCCACCCCAUUAGCUAUCCCUCACCGGGGCUGCCCAGCCCACCCUAUGGCUCAUUGGAGGCCUCACACUUGCUACAUCUUAAGGGUUUCAAGGGGGUUGCCUACGAGAACUUCUCACCCAACGAAUGCAGCAGUGGCACACCACCUUAUGACGGGCCUCUCACACCACCUCUUAGCAUCAGUGGCAACUUCGCAGUAAAGCAGGAGCCCUCACCACGCGAGACAGAGAGGAACUUUACACCCCACGCCGCCCACUAUCUUUCCUCCCACCCUUACCCACCGUCUACCUUGGCAGGUCUUCCAGCUCCUCAGGUUCACACACUCUUCCAAGGUUCCCGGUACGAGCUUCCUUUAGACAUGGCUUUCGAACCGUUUCCCCCGUCACACAUGGUGACAUCACAGAUAAGCACCAUUUACAGUGAAUGAACAAAUGACCACCAGAGACAUUCAGCAAAUCUGCCUCCUGCUCCUCAGCGUGCCUCCAGGGGCCCAGCACAUUUAAGGAGAUACUUUGCAUGUAUCCUGUCUGAUCCAUUAACAGACCAUAUAGUGAUCACCAAGAGAAACAUACAGUUUCUGAAUCUUAACCUACCCGUGGCAAUUGAAGUUCUGAGAAUGAGAUGCAUAUUUUCGUUAAUUUAUUCUUGUAUUGUCAUGAUUAAGUUUGUUACUAUUUUAAUUGUAAUUUGUUUUCUGUAUAAAUGUGAUGUUCUCCCCAAAUAGAAAGGUUUUUUUGCACAUGGCAUAAAAACGCAGCAAAUAGACAUAGAUAAACGGUACCUAUAGCGAGAUAUUGGAAGGUUUGAAAAGAAUCGCAUGAACAGUUGUUUUUAGAACCCUGUUCAAGCAUAUGCUGGUUUUGAUAUGUUUUCCCGAUAUAAACAACAGAAUGAAAGGAAUAGAAAAAAAAUAUAGCACAAUUCUACUGGCGUAACAUUUAUUUAUGACUGUAUUUAAUAUUUAUUUUGAUGACAAUUGUACAUGUUUUAAAGCAAUUUGUCAGCACAAUUCUUUAGUUUUGGUACACUGCCAGUCAUUGCUACCAAUAUCAAAAUAUCUUAUUUAUUUAUUGGUUUUCUUUCUGUUUAAUGUAUUUUUGCCAUUCUCCACAAUAUUUGUAAUUUUGCUCAAGCAUUUGUAAAUAUUUACCUGUUUCGCACUUAAUAAAAUGAAUAUUCUUAUACAA